AUGUUUCCCAACUCGACUGAGUGUUGGUGAAACCUUACGUGAAGAAUUAAAAACCACAGAACAGUCUACAGUGAACUGGAUAACUCUAAAACAUCAGACAUACGAUAAACCAAAAACGUCAGUUAGAGAAAAUGAACCAGACGGCCUUUACAAGUGGAGACGAUUUUCAGUGCACUUUUAAUGAAACCGUGAAGAAGUCUACGAGAGGGAUUUCUCUGGUCUUCUUCUACCUGACUUUGAUCCUCGGUGUUCCUGGAAAUGCAUUUGUCGUGUAUGUUGCUGGAUUGAAGAUGAAGAGGACUGUUAAUACAGUAGGGUUUCUCAAUCUAGCGAUCGCCGACUUCUUCUGCUGCCUUUCCACUCUUUACUAUUUGGCACAUCUUGAUUGCUGUCCGUUUGGAUCCAACGCGUGCAAGAUUCUCCCCUUCAUCAUGCACAUCACCAUGUUUGCCAGCGUUUUCACCUUAAACUUGAUCAGUCUGGACCGGUUUACUCAGGUGCUCACACCGGUUUGGGCUCAAAACCAUCGCAGCCUGUUCGUCGCUCGACUGUCCUGCGCAGCCGUCUGGAUUCUGGCUGCUGCUCUUAGUCUGCCUUUUAUGAUGCUGCCAGACACUUACAGAGAAAAUAUAACGUACUGCCUGCUUUUACGAGAUGAUGACAGUUUAAAAUGGUAUCGAAGGUUGAGCGUCGUCAGGUUUGUGUUCGGGUUUCUGGUUCCUCUCGUGUGCAUCACAACAUGCUACGGAUUCAUCGCACGCAAGUUAGGCAGGAGUCAGUUUCGCUCUGGACGAGCGUUUCGCAUCAUGACUGCUGUAAUCGUGGCCUUUUUUCUCUGCUGGCUGCCGUAUCACACAGUGCGAUUGGUUAAACUACACAGAGAGGAAUCGAGCUGUUUGGCAGCUUUGGCAUUGGAUCCGUUGGCCGUUUCUUUGGCGUAUUUCAACAGCUGUCUGAACCCCGUUCUCUAUGUUUUCAUGGGACAGGAUUUUAAGAGCAACGUUAAACUUUCUCUGAGACGUGUUUUUGAAAGAGUUUUCUCUGAGGAGGGAACACGAAUAACACAAAACACCCACUCACAGCAAACACACUCACUGUAGUGAAGAAACUCAAUGUGCUUAUUUCUGAAAUAAUCUGUUCUCAAACAUCUGCAAUGAAACUGAGAUACAGUAAGAAGUAACAGUGUUUUCUUCUUAAUGGGUCUUCUUUUUGCAAUGUUUUUAUCUUCUUUUUUUUUGAGGAAGUAAAUGGUGUGUCUGCUGGUAGGAUGCGGUCUGCUGGCACUUAAUGAUAAAUAUUCCUCAUCUUAAAUGCAAAAUCUACAGGAUAGUAAUAUAUUACUACAAUACUAAUGUCUUGUGUGUGCAACAUCAAUCCAGAUUGUAAAGCUAUUACGUAUUGUGCUCUUUUUUAUUGCUCUUUAUUCAGUAACGCAAUCGUUUUUUAAACUAUAUAGAUUUCAUAUUCUGUUUUUUGUGCCACGUCACAUUACUGCAGAGCAUGACGAUUACAGAAGUAUAUGUUUUAAGUUAGAAUUCUUAUGGUCUCUAAAAUCCAAUUCACCUUUUAAUUUAGCUUCAUUAGUAUGCCAUGUCUUUUGCAUCCUACUCCACACUGUAUUUUAUCAUACA